GGUUCGGGUAUUUGUGAACCGUCGGCUAUUUGUGGACAGAGCUGGUUUUCUUAUUUAAUAACAUAAUUCUGGACUACAAUGACCCCAAAAUUUUAAUCGAGUACAUCCUUUUCGUUUCCGGUUGUCUGCAAAACGUCCCGCCAAACGGUAAGUUCAAAUAUUUAUUAUUUUCCUAUGCUUUCCUUAUAUUACGCGCACCUCUUAAAUAACGUCCAUGGAACAUUUAACUAUAACACCGUUUUGAAAUCAUACCUAGCGGCGCUCGCAUUAUGUAUGCGUCACUAUAUGAUUAAACCUUACCACAAGCGUGUUGUCAAAGCAAUAUCUGCGUUUGAUUUAUCCAUAAUGAUGGUUUACUAACACCCGACAAGAAUUUCUUUAAGUCGGCUAUUAGUGAACCAUAUAGAGUCUACACAACAAACUAAACUGAUGAAUUAUGUUAAACUUCAUAACUCUGUGUUUUACACAAAAUAACCCAUCAGUUAAAAUGCAUAACUUCAAUACAUUUAUCGAUUUUCUGUUUUAAAGUUCAUCUAGCUCUUCUUAUUAUUGCAUUUUAUAACAUCGCGUCACAUAAUAAAAAUUUAUUUAAACUGGAAAUAGUUUACAGAACAUUCAUAAUUCAAAAAAUUUAAAAGGGCUUUGAUUUUCAACGAGUGUUGUUAAAUUAAACUGCUUUAAAGAAAUCACAUCCACCUUUACCGUUAUUUAUAUCAUAUGAUAUAUUACAUUGGGACACUCACGAACAUUAUUUUAAUUUGUUUUACUUUUUUAAACAAUUGCAGGUAACAAUGAGUCAACAAUUAAAAGUACGAAAAAGAUACUCAGAUGAAACUUUGCAGCAUGCCAUUGAUAUGGUAAAAAGUGGUUCAAUGUCGCUGAGGAGAGCAGCGUUAGCUUUUCAAAUUCCAAAAAGCUCUUUGUCCAACAAGGUUAACGAUAAAACUCAAGUUGGUUGUAAACCCGGCCCGUCAUCUGUACUGUCUGAGGUGGAAGAACAAUACAUAGCUACUUGGGCGAUACAUAUGGCAAAGAUAGGCUUCGGGCGUAAUCGCAAUGAACUUCUUGAUACUGUGAAACAAAUUCUUGAUGCAGAGGGUCGGACUACACAGUUUAAGGACAACCGCCCCGGAAAAGACUGGUUUUACGGAUUUCUUAGGCGCCACCCAGAAAUAUCAGAGCGUGCACCUCAACAGCUUAUCAAAGAAAGAGCUAUAAUCACUCCUGCUAAAGUAGAAAAGUGGUUUAAAGACUUUUCUAAUUUUAUGGCAGAAGAAGUCAAAGACCCUUCUUUAUGGAUGGACCCAUCUAGAUGGUUCAACGCUGAUGAGUCAGGCUUCCCCCUCUGUCCAAAGAGUGGAAAAGUUUUGGCUCCGAGAGGAGUACCAAAUGUAUAUAACUUUACUUCUAGUGACAAGACACAAGUUACAGUCUUAGCUUGUAUGAGUGCAGCUGGUUACUAUCCGAAGCCCCUAAUUGUGUAUCCUGGGAAACGGUUUGCUACGAAUCCACUUGAAGGUUUUCCUGAAGCUGUCAUGGGAAGAACAGAGAACGGGUGGAUGGAUUCGGAAUUAUUUGUAACCUGGUUGAGAGAUGUUUUUGUGCCUGCAUUAGAUGACAGAGCUAUAAAGCGUCCAGUCGUUCUCUUUGUAGAUGGCCACUCUACUCACUCAACAUUGUCGGCUUCAAAAUUUUGUAGAGAACAGGAAAUUAUUUUAUACUGUUUGCUCGAGCAUGCCUCACAUUUGAUGCAGCCAUGUGACCUUAAGCUGUUCAGUUCCUUAAAGGAAUCCUGGAAAUCUGCUGUCAGGGCAUAUCAAAUCUCCAACAUUGGCGAAUAUGUGACAAAAGCCAAAUUUGCAUCUGUUUUUAAGACAGCCUGGAUUAAAUCUACAACAAUAGAGAUAGCAACAAAGGGUUUUCGGGAUAGCGGUCUCUUCCCCCUUGACAGUAGAAAGGUUUUGGGUACAUCUAAAAUGGAACCAAGUCAAGUGUUUUCUUCAAAACCCGUUCCGACCUCUGCAUCAGUGCCUGCAGUAUCCACAGCAACACUUUCACCUGUAAGCAAUGGAAUUCCUUCUGAUGUCCCAGCUCCACCUGAAAAAGAAACAGAAACAGACCAGAACUAUAAUAUAGUAGACAUAACAUUGCAGCAAAGCCAAUCCACAGCUGAAAGUGAUGUUAAUCCUGAUAAACUACAAACUGCUGGUGCAAGCGAUAGAAUUCAAGAUGAAAAAGUCAGCGAAUCGUUUAGGGCUAUUUUAAAAACACCAUCAACAACACAAAAAACUAAAUCAAAAUCUGAACGUAUUGCUCUUCCAAAAGCAAUUUCAGGCCAAAAGUUCCAUGAUUUGCUAAUGGAAAAACAGCAGAAAAAAGAAGAAGAAAUAAGAGCAAAGGAGCAACGAAAAAGGGAAAGAGAAGAACGUAAACAAAAGAAAGAAGAGGAGAAGGAAAGGAAAAGAAAGGAGCGAGAGGAAAAGAGAGAACAACGAAUGAAAGAAAAUGAGCUGAAGAAAAAACUGAAAAUGACCAAGAAAGUGCAGAAAAGAAAACACAGCUCUUCUGAUUCUGACACUGAUUCAUCUGAGGAGGUAGCAUAUGAUGAUGACGCAUUACAAGAUGUAGAUGUUGAUAUCAAAGACACUAAAUGUUAUGCAUGUGGUGUUGACUUUGAUGGGGAAUACGAGAACUGGGUGUCUUGUCAUAACUGUCCGAGAUGGCUCCACAGGGCUUGUGUUUCUACAAUUGAUCUGAUUUCAAUGAGCGAAUCGGAACUUGCUGAUUUACAGUUCGAGUGUGACUAUUGUUAAAUGUUAAGUCUGAUAGUCCUUUGUUUGAUGAAUGUUGUUUUCUUCAUGAAAUCACUAUGUUAAUUUAAAUUACAGUUUUUUAGCCGUUUGAUGUUUCCAUGACAGUAUUACUGUUUUCGUUUAAACAUAUUAAUGUAACGCCGUUCUAAGAAACUGCUAUAAUGAAAUUUUUGAGUUUUCAAAUUGUUUAUGAAAUGAUACAAAUAAUAAAUUUACCUGUUA